AUAUCUUUAUUCAGUUUAUCUUUCAAUAAUAUACCAUUUAAACAUAGAUACUAUACAUUGCAUAGAUACUUUUAUAGAUCAUCAUUCAUCUUCAAUAAAGAACUAUUUCCAUAUUGGGAUCUAAUCUCUUAUAUAUCUAUUCCAUCUAUCUAUCUAUCUAUCUAUCUAUUCCAUCAUGAAAUAUCCUACUUACUAUUUAAUUUUCAUUCUUAUAUAUCUCUAUACAAUUCAUUGUAAUAAUGAUCAUAUUCAACAAAUACAUAUUAAUACUACUUAUAAAACCUACUUAAAUCAUAAUCAUAUUAAUGAUGAAAAUGAAAUAGUAGUUGUCAAAUGGAAAUUUCAUGAAUUUGAAAUACAUAUAGCUGUAAUGUUAUUUUUAUUAAUUAUGAUUAUGAUUAAAAUUAUUUAUCAUCGUGUACCUUAUUUAUCUAUCUAUAUACCAGAAUCAUUUAUCUUAAUUAUUAUUGGUAUUAUAUUUGGUGCUAUAGUACGUUAUGGUAUUGAUCAUGGUAUUAAUAAUAAAACUGUAUGGAAACUAACACCUUUAUUAUUUUUUACUUAUUUAUUACCUCCUAUUGUAUUAGAAUCAGCAUAUAGUUUAUAUAAUAGAACAUUUAGUGAAUAUCUUGGUACUGUAUUAAUAUUUGCUGUAUUAGGUACAAUAUUUAAUUUUUUAUUAAUUGGUUUUAUUAUGUAUGGUAUCUAUGCGAUAGGGGGAUUUGGACAACCACAAUUAGAUAUGGAUAUUAAAACAUUUUUAUUAUUUAGUUCAUUAAUAGUUGCCGUGGAUCCUGUUGCUGUAUUAGCUAUUUUUCAAGAUAUUGGUGUUGAAUUAGGUUUAUAUUAUAUUGUAUUUGGUGAAUCAUUAUUAAAUGAUGCUGUUACAGUUGUAUUAUAUGAUAUUAUGGAUGCAUUUACUGGUAAAGAGAUUGUUACUGGUAAAGAAAUUGGCAUAGGGAUUGCAUCAUUUUUUACUGUUAGUUUUGGUGGUUUAUUUAUUGGAGUAUUUUUUGGUAUUAUAACAUGUUUAAUAACACGUAUUAAAAGUCGUUUAAAUGCUUUUAGUUUAUUAUUAUUAGCAUAUUUUUCAUAUAUUAUGGCUGAUUGUGUUGGUUGGUCUGGUAUUAUAUCAAUGAUUGGUUGUGGUUUAAUACAAGCUGCUUAUGCAUUUCAUAAUUUAGAUAGAAAUUCUAUAACAAUGGUUAGAAAUUUAACUAAAGUUGUAUCAGAAAUGAGUGAAUCUGUUAUAUUUUUAUUCUUAGGUAUUGAAGUUGUAUCUAUUAAACUUGUAUGGCAUACUGGUUAUAUAUUAUGGGCAUUAAUAUGGUGUUUAAUAUCACGUUCUAUAGUUGUAUUUUUUAUUACAGCUAUUGUUAAUUAUACAUCAUUUUCUAAUACAAAAAUUACUAUUACACAACAAAUUGUAUUAAUUUAUGGUGGUUUACGUGGUGCUGUAGCAUUUUCAUUAUCUGUAUUAAUAUUACCCACUAAACUUGGUAUCCAUGGUAACUAUAAUCGUGAAUUAAUUAUAACAACAACAUUAUUUAUUAUAUUAUUUACUGUUGGAUUUAUGGGUAUAACAAUGAAACCAUUAGUGAAAUUAUUAAAAAUACGUAUGGAAAAUAAACAAAUGUUAAGUUUAUUUGAUUCAUUAAAUGAUAGUAUUAUAGAUGAAACAUUAGCUGGUAUUGAAUGUCUUAUUGGAUCUAUUGGACGUAAUGUAAUUAGAGAUUUAAUACAACGUAUUGAUGAACAAUAUUUACGUAAAUUAUUACAACGUGAAUCAAAUACAUAUAAUCAAAAAAUGUUAAAAAUUUAUGAAAAAAUUACAUUAAAAAUGCAUUAUGCUACUAUGCGUCCUAGUAAAACUGAAAUUAUAUUAAAAGAUUUACCGGAAACAUUAAAAAAUCGAUUUAUUACAUCACAUAUAUCAACAUUAUCAAUACCAGGUUUAAUUAAUGAUAAUUUAUCUAUAUUAAAUAUAUCAAAUUUAACUAAUCAUUCAACAAAUAUAAAAGAUAUUGAAUCAAAUAAUACUACUAAUAAUAAUACUACUGAUAAUGGUGUAAUACGUAGACGUUUAUCUACAUUAACUGGUGAUAUAAAUAAUACACCAAAUGUAAAACAAGCAUUACGUUAUUCACGUAGACCUAGUUUAGUACCAAAAGAGAAAAGACAAUUAGAUUUUGAUGAAGCAUUAUUAGAUGUAAUGAAAUCACGUAGUCUUGCAUUAAAACAUUUAAAACAAUCAACUAUACAUUCAGAUAAUAAUUAUAAUAAAGUCAAUUUAAAUGGUACACAUAAUAAAGCUUAUUUAAAUGAAGAAGAUG